AUGGGUAAUAUUUAGGAAAGAUGUUGCAUUGAAAAGUAGUAAUUAAAACAACUUAAACCCACACAACCAAUUGCUGUGGUCGCUAAGUAAGCCUAACCGGUCAAAGUGCUUAAAAAGCCAAGUAUUGAAAGCGACUACACCUUCACUGAUUAUGUUCUAUAUGCUUAAGAAAAAGUCAAAUAGAUCUAAUCAAAACAAUAGCACCGCGGUAAGCGUCAAAUAGACUAUCUCCCAAGAAGAAACAAACUAAGAAGCGUCGAAAUCGAUAUUAGCCAAGUCAUCCUUCCAAGAACCACCCCAGACACUCAAUCUACUAGUUAACUCUCCUAAUCCUUCUUCAUUUAAAAUCCUAACAAUGCUUCAAUCAAUUAAGACUGUAGCUAAUCAGCUGAAUUCAAGCUGGAAAAUGGCACCCCUAACUUUAGCGACAACAAAUUUAACCAACCUCUCAUUUUGGAAGGUUACAAUCUUGAUGACCAAUUAAAUACAACUCAUCAAGAUUUGAACCAUAAUCCAUUGGAAAUUGAGCCUGAAGCAUACAAAAUAAUUGAUCAGGAAUAUUAUCAAGGAUCUCAGACCACAAGGGCUGAUAAUAGUCAAUAGGUAACUGAUUAAAUUCUUAACCUUGCCAACACAAACGAUAAUUUGUCUGAUCUAAACCAAACAAUAGAGCAUAUUAUCCAUUAAAUGGUAUCUGGAGGAGGAGUAAACCAGACUUUAUGGAAUCAGGAUGAAGGAAUGCUGCUAAAGCUCAAAUAGCUUGGUACAGCGGCACAAGGACACGAAUUCAGUGAUGUAAGCACUUAAGCGCAGUCAAUUAUUAAUGGCAAAUAUUAAUUCUCUUCUGGGGAUAUGUCUUGA